AUGUCUCAUUUUGGGCGAAUUUGUUUUCCUGUAAUCCGGAAAACGUGGCUGUCUACCGCUCUCAUGGACCCUGCCAUUGUACACGCAACUUUGGGCCUGGUAGCGAUUCACUGGCGAGAUGUGUUCUCUUACGACCUGUCAAAAACGUAUUUCAAGCAUCGAGGAGAAGCCAUCAAGAUAAUUGCGCAUCGCAUGAAUAAUAUGGAUCAAGCAAUAAGUGAUACUACAAUCGGGGCUGUGGCCACACUAUCCACCUCUGAUAACGAAUUUGACUGGUCUUCUGAAGUCCAAACAGUGCAUUCUGUAGGACUCUCCAGAUUGGUUGCCAUUCGAGGUGGGAUCCAGUCUCUGAGAACCAACCGGUAUAUCCAACGAGUGGCGGCAUGGGCUGAUUUACUGCAUUCGUCUCUUCACAGUACUAGGCUUAGUUUGGACUUGCCAUUCUCAAGGACGAUAGGAUUGCAAAUGAGCCCCGAAGUUGUCGAGAAGAUCGAUCCAAUCGCCGGCGCUAAAUGGCUAUACUCGGGUGAAGUAAGAUUGCAAACUCUGCCAUCGCUAGUGGCCCAGAUCAUUAAAGCACUACGAGAGUUGACAAAAAUGAAACUCUCAUUGAUUGAUGAUCGCGACGAGGCAGUCUGCAAGCGUUUCGCCGAUUUGCUAUGGAGCCUUUAG